CCAUAGGUUUCCUACUUCAAUGAAUCAAACCCAUGGAGUUAAUAAGUACUAACUCUAUGAUCAAACCACAAUCAAACACUCGAAGUCAUAGAUUAGACACAUACAUAGAUUAUACACUUAAUAUAUUUGACACAUAUUUCGAAGUAAAAUUAAAAAAAGAGUGUAAUUAAGCGAACCAUUUAAAAAUGUUACACAGUGUGAACAAUCGUACUAGAAAACACGCGUGGUGUGCAAAAUUACAAUAAAGAAAGUUACAUUGUUUAAACGCCGGCUUUAAAUUAAAUUGUUAAAUCAGCGAAAAUAACAAUGAUCACAUUAUUGCAAUACCGAUGGACAGGGCUCUUCCUUCUAAUCACGGCCUUAGGAGCAUUAACCCUUUUCCUGUAUGGAUUUUUUCCACUAAAAUAUCAUUCAGGAAAAUUUGCCCACAUGAGUGACCUUCCUAACUUCAUAGAUGGUGUAAGUAUUGACGGACAGCAAGUAUAUAACUCUGGGGAGAAUAGUGUGAUUCUAAUGGUUAUUGAUGGAUUACGCUAUGAUUUUGUAACAGAAGAAUAUAUGGCAUAUACAGGCCAACUCUUGAAGAACAAAUCAGCUUGCAUUUAUGUUACUGUUGCUGAGCCUCCUACUGUGACUAUGCCCAGAAUAAAAUCACCAGAACGGAAAAAGGAAAAAGCACAGUGGAGACGCACAAUAAACUUCUGGAGGGACAUAUUCGCCAUGAUGACUGGGAGUGUAUCGACGUUUGCCGAUGUAGCGUUAAACUUCGGAGCGCCUGCUGUUCGAGGGGACAGCGUACUACGCGUCGCCGCUUCUAGAGGUCGACGCACCGUCAUGUACGGGGACGACACCUGGAUCAGACUAUUCCCAGGCCUGUGGUCCGAAUACGACGGAACCACUUCGUUCUUCGUGACCGAUUAUACAGAGGUGGACAACAAUGUCACCAGGCAUUUAGACAAAGUGUUGGCGCCUGAUGAAAAGAAACAACCGAAAUUCGACCUUUUAGUACUGCACUAUUUAGGCUUAGAUCACAUUGGUCACUUGGAAGGCGCCCGCAGUACAAAAAUCAAACCGAAGCUAGUGGAAAUGGAUGAGAUAGUGAAGAAGAUUUAUGUGGCCAUGCAAAAAUGGGAUCGUAACGGAAUCCUAAUAGUUUGCGGAGACCACGGCAUGCGGGACGCGGGGGGCCACGGGGGCUCCACUCCCGCAGAGGUUCUAGUUCCUCUGGUGGUCAUAAAAAGUCAAGAUUUCGAAUGCCCACAUCCAUUAGGGCCAGGACCUACGGUGGCUCAGGUCGACGUUGCGCCCACGAUAUCCUGGUUGCUAAACGCCCCGCCCCCCGGGGAUAGCACGGGCCGGAUACUGCCGUCCCUGCUCCCCGCCGACACGAGACAGCAUCUCUACUUACUUCACAUCAUAGCUGAAAGAAUGGCAAAACAAAACGACUUGCCCACAGAUAAAGAGUUUUACAAGCAAUUCGAGAGGGCCGAAAAUCAAUUUGCCCACUAUUUGGCGACCGGUCAGCAAAGCGCCGCGAAAAUAUCAAAAGAGUUCUACGAACAGUCGCUGGCGGAGAUGACCGAGUACCUCAACGGAACCACGGUCGACUUCGACAUGUUCUCUAUAGUAGUUGCUAUAAUACUGCUUUAUUUUAUUGUCGCGUCGCUUCUGUGCGUAACUCUAUACUCACUCCAGCCGGACCACAGCAGGAAACACAGUACGACGAAGCGAGGCUACCAAAGCUCUAACGCCGGUAGAAUAGUGGCGUUUCUAUUCAUGCUCUGCUUGUCCGGUAGCGGCUUGAUCGUCGCCUGUUUCAUAACCGAAACCAAAAGUCAGCUGUGCUCGUUCAACGGGCUCUGGCUACCGGUCCUUUUAGUCGUCGCGGCAGCGUUCACAAUAACAUACUUCAUCAUGAAAACCGGCAUCGAGAGAAUAAAAAAUCUGUCGUCGCUAAACGAGCUGAACGCGAUCGAUUUUCUACUGAUCGGCGGGACAGUUUUCCAUGCGUGGUCUUUCUUCGGCACGAGUUUCAUCGAGGAAGAGCACAUGACGUGGUAUUUCUUCUGGAACACAUUCAUGUUUUUCGUUUUGAUACGGAGCAUCGUGGUUGUCGUUAUGUAUUGGAGUAAGAAGAUGACCGGCGCGACUGAAGUACAAGAGAAACCUGGCUUAGAUGAGAAAAUGAGCGCCGUCGGUAUCAGUAUUGUCCCGAAAUGGGUCCUACUCAUAGCCUUACAUAGAUAUUUGCGCACCAUGAACCAGACCGGGGACCGCUGGUUGUUCCUGCCGGACACAGCGGACUGGCUCAACGAACCUGAGAACUCGCUAUACUUAGAACUCCACGUGAUCAUUGGAACUAUAAUGACAGUAUUAAUAUGUGUCCACAAUCUCGUUUACACGAAUAACUUGAUGUACAUCCACACGGCGCUGACGGCCGCGGCCGCGACCUGCACCUUCUGCUACAGGGUUGCCACGCACGCCGUGCACGCACCCUUCGAGGACAUGAAGACCUGGGACCCCAUUAUAAUCGUCAGCGUUUUCUGGGGAAUCCUAAUGGCCCAGUUCAUAUACGAGAUCAUCACUUACGUUGGAUUCUUCAAAAGCUGCGGCGUCCAUCCCGCCGAGCACGCAAUGAACAGCAAAAAGUUCGAUUACGUGAAACCUAAGACAAAAACUGAAGAUUAUAUCUACGAUCCGACAAUUGAGGAGCCGUGGAACGUCGAGGAAGUCAAACUGAAUCUCGCUCGUUCGCUUUCGCAUCUGAUGCUCAAUAAUAUGAUGCUAGUAAUACUGUUGCUGAUGAGACCGCACAACGUGGUAAUGGUGCCCAGUGUAUACAUUACGUGUGUCGUGAGUUCGAAAUGUGUGGACCAUAAACUGCUGGAUCGGAGGUCCGCUAGGAACACGGACGUCGCGGACGUUCUGAGCAGGACGCUGGUGCACAUGUGGAUCGGGAUACUGUUCUUCUUCUAUCAGGGUAAUUCGAACAGUCUGGCGUCUGUGGACCUGGGGUCGGGGUAUGUUGGUCUGCGCGAGUACAGCCCUGUGAGGGUGGCGACGCGCAUGGGGCUCCACGCGUACGCCGGACCCGCGCUGGCUGGCGCCGUGCUGUUCUGCACCCUCGCUGCGGAGGCCCGCGAUUGGCAACAGUACUUAAAAUCAAUAUGGCGGGCUACAAACAUAUUGGCGCUCCACAGAGUAUACGCUGUCGUCUUAUAUACAGUGAUAGCGACAAUAUUUCGACACCAUUUAUUUGUGUGGUCUGUCUUCUCUCCUAAACUAUUAUACGAUUUCGUUGCAACAGUCUUUGGUGUACAGGCGUUAGCUACCAUAGGUUAUAUUAUUUUUUUAACGCAUGUUACGAGUUGGCUGGCUAGAGUACUAAUCACUAGAUCAGGACUGAGGUAAGUAUUAACAAAGCAGAAAAGUGUAAUAUAAUAAAGUUGAAAAUGAUAUGAUUGUUUUAUGAAUUUGUAUAUUUUUUACAAGGAUGGUUUGGCUGAAUUUUUUUUUUUUUUUUGUUAGUGGACAUGCUCACAGCCCACCUGGUGUUAAGAGGUUUGUGGAGCCCAUAGAAAUAUACAACGUAAAUGCGCCACCCACCUUGAGAUAUAAGUUCUAAAGUCUCAAGUAUAGUUACAGUGAAUACACAGCUGUGGGUGAACAUAGUUACGUACACAUUAAACGUGACUAAUAAAAAUUAAAUGAUGCUGUGGUUAGGCGAAGGUUCUAACACUUGAGCUUAGUUCGUCGCCCGCAUGGCGGAGCCACACGCGCAGGCGUUUUAAGCUGAAAGAAAGUACGUCAGUACAUGUAUGUAAUUACUAUCAUAGAUAAUACACUUUUAUAAUAUUACGGUUUUAAAACACAGGCAGCCAUCGUUGAUGUUAAUUAGUCUAAGGAACUAUGGAAUCAUAGAUGACUGCAUUCCUAUAAUAUGUAUAAAUAGCAACAUAAGUAUGCGAAACCAUAAUUUUUGUAUAUGUAUAUUUUUAAAUAAAACAAGUGUUUGAUAAA